AUGUGCGCGCUUGGCGGGAACCCAGGGGAGCACUCAGCCUUUGAAGGCCUUUCGGGGGGCCCCCGUGUGGACUUUGCGAGGUCGAGCGCAACGGGCAGUGCAAAGGCUGUUGCAAUCUCGGAAUGUGGGGAGCUCCUAUUUGCUGGAGUUGCCAACACGAUUAGACUCUACCGAAUCAAUGUGACGGCUCCGCAGGAUCGGGGGCCCCCACGAGGCAGGCACGUACCUGCAGGGGCCCUUGGGGAGGCCCUUCUAUCUUGUCUGCACACAGAAGGAGAGUCCUUGUUCUCGGUACCAUUGGGGCCUGCUGAUGGGCAUCUAGCUCAGCAGGAAUCCCCCCUCGCCGCUGUCUUCUUCAGCCCGAGUGAGCACGUGCUCGGCCUCACAGAAAGCAGGGGGCUUCUCGCCGCAUAUGGCACUCGCCGACUUUCUGUCUACGCUAUUGAGGGAAAGGGGUCCACAUGGGGACUCGUGGAGGCCCCAGCGCAAGUGAAGGAACCCGUGCGACUGCAGCAGAUCUUACUCGUCAAAGACACGCGUCGAAUCCUAGCGGCGGAGUUUUUUUUCCUUGCAUCAGCUGUACAGACAGCUCCUUCGGCAGCAGAGACAGCGGCAGUAACGAGGGCAGAGGGUUCCGAGGUCUCCGCCGCACAGACAGCACCGAAAAUAGACGCAGGGUCACCUUGCUGCCGUCAGGCCUGUCUCCUUGUUGUUCUGUCUGACGGGUGCGUACGGCUGCUGCAUGUAGCUACAGGCGAGGUGCUGCUUGAGCGGCAGUGCAGCAGCAGCGCGCUGCAGCUGCAGGCCGCAGCCGUCACACCCGUCGUGGUGCAGCUGUCUGGUCAUAUUACAAGUGCCAGCUGCUGCACGUCUUGCACUUGUUGCAGCAAAGGCUUGCAGCAGCGCCUGCUGCUCCUCGUGGCGGGGGGGACAGCCUUCUCUGACUUGCUCUUGUGGCUACUGCCAAUCGACAUGGCCCCAACUUCAGAGCAACCUGCAACAGCGCAUGCAGCCUCAAACACGCCCCUUCAGCUGGUGCAGCGCCUAGAAGGACACAGAGGAGGCCUCUUUUCCCUCGCUUUCGCGGAGGGGGGCACUAUCCUGGCUUCCGCUUCCGAUGACAGGGAGAUACGACUGUGGGCUAGCAAACCGUGUACAGCCGCCUGUGAAGCAGCAGCUGCAGUGCCGUUUACGUACCACUGCAUCUCCGUGUUGCGCGGCCAUAGGUCUCGAAUCUGGAUGGUCGCCUUCCUAGACUUGCUUCCUGGCUUACGCUUUCCGCAGCUCCAGCCCCACGGCAGCUGCUCCUGCGGAGAGCUGCUGCUCCUGCAGUCCGCGACGUGCAGUCUGCUCCUCCUGUCUGCAGGGGAAGACUCGACCGUAAGAAUAUGGUCUCUUAGAGGCCCAUGCUUGUACACUCUAGAAGCCCACAAGGGCCGCGGUGUCCGCUCACUGGCCGUAUUAGGGAGCGCGUUGGGGGCUUCGCGUCUUGCGAAUCGGCUUGGCCCCUGGGGUCUCUUCGCAACCGGGGGAGAGGACGGGUGCAUCAAGGUGUGGCCAGUUGAAGCACUGCAUUCUCUGUGGGGAGCUCUUCAGCGACACGUACACUCCAGCAGCUUGGAGCUGCUAAGGAUGUUGCGGCGCCACCCGCUAGAUUCGCAGACUCUAUCGGGGCCUGGUGAAAACGGCACGCCAGGGGAUGGGCAGGAACACCACUUGACCUCGGCAGCGGCCGCAGGGGGCUUCGAAGGCUGCACCUGGAGCUGUAGAGUGACGCCAACAGCAGCGGUGCAGGCAGCGAGUAGGGCUGUCUCGGCAGAUUCAGGUGAAGAGACAGGCAAGCUUGUGGAGACGACAGGCCCUUGGGAGUUCAGCUGUACGUCCGCUGCCGUUGCCGCACCAGCAGGGCUAAACUCAACGCGCAACACCAGAACAAAUGAAACAGCAAGGGUUUUACCGCCAGAAGCUGGAUCAGGAGGCAGCCACCAUCAUUCGGCAGCAAUCAAAGCUUCACUUUGCGGGGGACUGUGUGGCUGGUUAGGAGGCAGUGACAAGGAUUUUGUCAGAGAAAUCUUCUUCUGCUGGGGAGAGGAGACUGCAACAGACACGCUUAUUCUGUCUACAAACUACGGACACGUUUACCUAGUGUGGCAGUGUGCAGCGACCUCAGGAGAAGCAGAGGUGGCCGCGGAAGCAGAAGCAUCGACAGCAGCAGGAGGCGUUUCAAUGGUGCCAUUGGAUGCAGCAUUCACAACGGCAGGAGUGAGACAGGGCACUCAAGCAGUUGCAAGAGCUGCAGGAGCGGCAGCACGUACGUCGGGAGGGGGAGGAUCAUUUUGUUGGCUGUUGCUGUGCUGCGUACCGUCACCGGUGACUGCAACAGGUGUCUCCGACGAGUGUCUCUGCCUCGGGGGAGCCGACGGCUUCUUGCGGCUCUGUCACCUCCGGCCUCUCCGCCUUUCGAUUGCCCGUAUGCGGCAGCAUUGCCAGCAGCGGCAGUGCUGUGACGAUUCGCAAGUGAGGCCUGCCGCAGCUGGAGCCUUGACGGCAACAGAGGCCUUCAGCGAUGCUCGCGUUUCCUCUGCCUUUGUGUUCUCCUUGGGAACCCUACAGAACCCGUCCUCUUUGGUUGCUGGGGUCUCUAGCAACACUGGAAAUGGGAAUACACUGCUGCUGCCGCUGGCGCGGUGUAGCAAGAGCAGCAGCAGCGUCUGGGCAGAAAUGCGGCAAGCAAGGACAACACCAGUCCGCCCGCCCCACACAGGGGAAGACUGCCUUGGGGGCUUUGCUAUUGCUGGCGACCAUACGGGUACCUUCCAACAGGCCCUCUCGGGAACGGCGGGUAGAACCCCCGUGCCGCGCGUCACAAACCGCUUUAUGUGCUGUAUCGCUUUGGCAUCCUUGGCAUCAGCGAGAACCUUCGAGGGCCAUCAGAUACUGUCAACGGUCUUCCUAGUCGGUGAUGAGCACGGCACCUUGCACGUCCUGCUGCUGCAGGUUCCAGCUGUACGAGGGGGAGGCGCGGCAGAAGACAGAGGGCUCCCGCUCCAAAGGCAGCAGCAAGAGGCGCUUGAGUGGGAUUGGCCGUCUUCGCGUGUUUUGGCACAGCAACCCUUAGCGGAGUUGCACCCCAGGCGACACGUUGCGUUGCUCACCUGCAGUAACGGCUUUGUUUUCUGCUGUGGCGGGGACGGGAGAAUCCUUAUUCUUCGCGUGUCCAUCGGCAGCUCGAGGUCCAGCAUCAGCAGCGUACCAGAUCUCUGGGUGCCUCAGCAGGUUGUUGUCGAGCAGCUACAGGCUGUGAAGGUCUCUCAGAUACGAACGUUCGUGUGUCUCCUGCCACAAGACGGCCCCUCUGCGUGUGUGGCUCCUUGGUGGGGUGCUUACGCCGCCACAUGCGCGGCACCAACGUCCGCAGUGCUGCUGCCGCCUCAGCAGCAACAGCAGGAUGGAUUUGCGCUGCUGAAGCAGCAUGUCGCAGUGGGCGUUAGGGGAGGCGACCUUGUGGGGUUUUCUUUUACGCAGGAGGCGCCGCUGCUGCAGCUGCCAUGCGGAGACAGCAAGCGCUCCUUCGCUGUGGGAAGGGGACGGCUAGGAGGCCUCCGCCUGGCCUUCUCGAAGGGAGAGUGCGUGCACAUCUACAGCAGCAGCAGCAGCAGCAGCAGCACUAGCAGCCAGAGCAACAGAAACGAGGGAAUAAACGCCCAGGAGGCGGAGGAGAAGGAAGAGGCGGGACUGUUGCUGCACAGGCCGCAAGCGCGCUGCUGUGUCUCCUAUAAUUCGCACAACCCAGGGGGGGACAUCCACGCCAUUUCUUUCCUGUCUCCUUCGGUCAUGUGCGCUGCUGCAGAGGACAACACUCUCAGCCUGAUAGCAUGCGAAGCGCCCCCCGUAGCAGCAGCACUUCCCCCAAGUCGCUGGAGCUUAACGCACAGUCUGAGCGUUUUCUCCAUCACCACAAGGCAUCAUGCAGCAGUCCGUGCAACCGCAGAGCUGCACCAGUGGCCGCACGCUCGACCAUACCCGCAGGCAGGAGGCCCUCUUCCCCGCCUCCUGGCUAGUGCUGGGGCUGCACAAACCCUGAAUCUCUUCCAGCUGCUGACUGCAGCAUCCACCCCAGCGUCAGCCACAAAGGGUGGGCCUUUAGAACUCGCACAUUCUGCAUCCGAUGCUGCUUCUGUCGGGAUUCUACAGCUGGGGACGCUGUGCUUGGAGGACAGAAAUGCCAAGGGCCCCUCCGCAAAUGCGCGCUUCACCAUGGUUUGCGGCUACGUGUCUAUGCUACAGCAGCAAUCGCAGUCGAACUGCGACGCCUACGUUCUUGUGGGGGUCUCGACUGCCAGGCUGCUUCUGGUGCGCUUCCGCCUGUCCGUCGCAAAUGACCCUCCAGCCGUGGCCGCACCUGCAUUACCAGCUAGGACCGAGUCUGUUAAUCAGAAACAUGGAGCUUCGCGGAGCAGAGCAGUGCGCGCACUGGGGGGCCCCCAGGUUGUCUGCUCCUUAAGCCUGAAUGCCGUUCCCCUGUGUUGUCAGCUGGUUCGCCUGCCUUCUCACGCUGAAGCAACACAAAUUCGGCCUCCCGCGGCGGCCCCAGAUGCGGAAGCCAGCUGCAGCAACAGAGGCUUCGUUGUCUUCGGACAGACGGAUGGGUGUGUUGCUUGUGCAUUUUUAGAACAAAGAGACACACCCCCUUUGCUGCUGCCCGUAGCGGCUUUCCCAGCGCACCAGAGAGCCGUUACUGCCGUUUGUGUAGAGGUGCUAGAGCAGCACCCCGCAGCAGUAGCAUCAAGCCCUGCAAAUUCGGCAACUGAGUCAUGCCGUCUCCUCAUUUGCACUAGUGGAGAUGAUGACGCGAUUUCCCUUGCUAUCGUUUCCCUUGUCUGCUAUCCAGCAGGGGCAGCAGCGGGGACAGCAGCAGGAGCUCGAGAAGGCGAAGGAACCAGUUGCUGCAGGUGGCGUUUACGCCUGCUGAGUCGUGUGAUGCACCCAAAUGUUCAUGGGUCUUCAGUUCGCUGCCUCGCGUUGUGCUUCCCGUUUCUUUUUAGCGCCGGGUGGGACAGAUGGCUGCAGGCUUGGAUACUGCAUAGAGGCACCGGCACUUGCUUCGACAAUAACCGCGCUAGCAGCGGCAGCCAUGGAAGCAGCGGAAUGCGGACGUGUGUGCUGUGUGAGGAAGGAAGCGUAGGAGGAGCAGCACCAAGUUGCUGCUGCAGACCAACAAUUGGGUGCUUUGCUUCCUUAGUUGCUGGUGCUCCUCGUUCGGCUGCACAGCAGAAUGCGUGCCUUCUCGAUAGGCAACUGGAGGCGCUUUGGAAGACACGAGGGUCUCCCGUACACCAAGGGCAGCGGCAAGAGCAGCAGGAAACUGAAGUUUUCAUGCUACAGCGCAUUGCAUCCGUUCAGACGGGGGUUGCUGAGGUAGCUGCCCUGGCUGCUUGCCCCCUUGCAGAAAAAGACACUCCUAGGGGCCUGCAACGGGGCUUUAAUAAUGCAACCAUCCGUCUGGGCUGUGCCGGUGCUAGUGGGGGUCUCGAGGUGUUUGAAUUUCACUACAAUCGUACACAGCAAUGA